CUUUCGUCGCUGAGGAUCAGAGGUGAUGACACGCGCGACUCCCAGUCCCACCGUAGGUCUCGCGCCGCAGACAUGGUGACAGCGCAUUGGAUCAACUUGCAGGCUCUUCAUGAAGAAUAGCUGCCGGGCUUCUCCCGCUGGAUUGUAGAGGACACCAAUGGGGAACUCCUAUGCGGGCCAGAUGCGGACCACACGCUUUGAGGAAGUCCUCCAUAACUCCAUUGAAGCGUCACUGAGGUCAAACACCGUUGUGCCUCGACCUGUCUUCUCACAGCUAUACCUCGAGACAGAGCAGCCAUUGGCACAUGAUGGUGGGUUCCAUGGAUGCAAAGGAGAAGGCCGUACAGAGAAUGAUGAUGAGGAUGACGAAGAUGGCUCUGAGUCUAACAGCCCUCCAAUACCCUAUCAGAUGAAGCCCCCACCUGAGGGAUGCUGCACCACAGAUGGCUUUUGUCAAGCGGGAAGGGACCUGCGUCUGUCCUCGCUGGCAUCGGAUCCCUUAGAUGUGCCUCCUGGGUUCAUGUUAGUUGGGGUGAAGUCCCCCUCCCUCCCUGAGAACUUGCUGGUGUGUGCCGUGGACCGCCGCUUCCUGCCAGACGAACGGGGUCACAAUGCACUGCUGGGCUUCUCUGGGAACUGCAUUGGCUGUGGAGAGAAAGGCUUUCGCUAUUUCACAGAAUUCUCCAACCACAUUAACCUGAAGCUCAGCACCCAGCCCAAGAAACAGAAGCACUUGAAGUACCAUCUGUACCGAAACAACCAGGGUGUGGUGGUGAAAGGAGCUCCCAUCUGUUGGAGGGGACAUGAUGGCAGGAUGAGACAGAUGGCAUCCAGCCUCUCAGAAGGACAUGUGACAUCAGAUGAACAGCCACCAAACAUGGCACUGACUCACCCAUCACACACACCUGGCAGCUUCACAGCAGGAUCACAAGUGGACCCAGUUGGUCUGCCACAAAUAGCUGACGUUCCCCAGUCGCUGACAAACGGCAACCAUGCUGUUCCCUCCAUCGCCCAGCCACCUUUGAAUCAGUCAGGGCCUGGGAGACCCUCAGCUACAGGGCCACAUACAAAUGCUGGACCUCCAAAAAAGAGGCACAAAGGCUGGUCGCCUGAGUCAUCUGCCAACAGUCUACCAGAGAGCAGUGUGAAGACACCACCAUCUUCAUCAGCCUUAUCAACAUUAUCAGUUUCCUCUGUCAUCACAAAUGGAUCCAGAUCAGAGACUGCAGCCCCGCUGAGUUCAUCGCAGGGGUCCUUAACCCCGCUCUCCCCCCCAGGGCUGUCUGUAACAAUUCCUGAUCAGCUGCUUCACACCUGCAGACUGCAACCUGUCAUCUUUAAAGGUCAUGGACCACUCCCUCAGCUGACUGGCAAUGUCAGUGAAGUGCUUGUCAGUUCUCUGCUCCAGAGCUGUUACCUGAGCUCCCAGACACUCCCCAGAGUCUACCAGCACUAUGGACCAUCACCCAUUCAGCCAUUGUCAACUGAGAUGCAGAUUCUACUCACAGUCUACUACCUUGUUCAGCUAGGCCCUGACCAGGUGCCCCUAAUAGAAGACUUGGAGCAGAUAUUCAUGAGAUCAUGGAGGGAGUCCCACCUCAGUGAGAUCAGACAGUACCAGCAGCCUCAAACACCAGCCACCCAAGGGAGGCACUAUGGCUUAGAGACCGCAUCCAUCCUGCCAGGGCUCCCUCAGCACUUCUCCUUACCUCCCCAGAGCCAACAACCCCUGACCCCCAGCCAACUCCCUUGGCUCGCCCAGCUGGCUGCGUCUUCCUGUGGAGAGGGUGUUGUGGUGAUGGGGGAGCAGAUCGGAACUUUGGCUCAAGGCAUCCAGCAAACUUUUGGCAGGUUAAUGGAAGGACGGCUUGAAAACACCAACUACGUGGUCAUUAUUGUCACUGCACCGGGACAGGAAACACAAUCCUGUGUGGUAGUCACAGGUAAACACCAGUGUCGUGCCUUGGCAGAGAGUAUGUACUCUCCCAGUGAGGGUCUGAAAGAAAUCAACCACCAGCUAUCCACCAAUGUUGCCCAGGAACUCAUUCACUACUGCAAUUCACUCGGACAAGAUGGUGAUUUGGAUUCCCUGCUGGAUAGUGCCACUGUGGACAGCAAUGAGCCAUCUCCCUUAACCAGUAGUCAGGAAUCAGCUGAAGAGAGGAGUCUUAAAACCACACACAGUCCAAAGGAUUCACACACACAGUGUUCAAAAGAAUCACCCAGCCCUAAAGAGAGAGCACCAAGUCCCAAAGACACAUGUUCAGAAUACUCCGUACAGUGGCGUGAGGUUCGGCCCAUCCAGCUGGCAGUGGCCAGAAAGUUGCUGUCCCAUGUUUGUGCCAUAGCAGACUCCAGCACACAGAACCUAGACCUUGGCUCCUUCGACAGGGUCAGCUUCCUCAUCCUGGUCCCGCCCUCUGAGGUCACAUUUCAGCAAACCGUUCUCCACCUUUGCAGCUCUGGUGUCCUUGAGGAGCUUGGGGGUUUAGAUCAGGAGGGUGUGUCUCAACGGGAGGCUGAGCGUUACGUGGUCAAAAUGGAUCAGAGCGCUCAGGCACGAAUUGACAGCCUCAUCCAGGAAGCUCACAGCAACUCCUACACACUCUACAUCCUGGUCCAUGACCACGCCCAUUGGGACAUUAACAGUGGCUCCUGCAGUGGCCCAGACAGUAGUUUGGGUCUGGUGGACCAGCUGUUAAACUCGCGUCAGGUCAGAGAUGCUCCAAACAUCCUAAUUCUCCACGUCACCUCCUUCCCCUUCGCUCUGCAGACACAGUAUACCCGCAUCAGCCCCUACAACGAGAUCCACUGGCCCUCUGCAUUCAGUAAUGAUGUGGACCUAUAUCACGAGAGGACGCGGUACUUUGGUGUGUCAGAGCUUUUAGAGUCAACCCGUUCAGGGAGCAGCCUGCCUCUGAUGCGUUAUGAUUCCUCCUUUGAAAGCAUGGCAUCUGCCCUGGAAGAAAGGUUCCCUAAGCUGCACAGUGCUGUGAUCCGGACUACAGUUUUGAUCCAACACUACUGCGUAGCUCUGAUGGCUGCGUCCGGCAGAAUUGGAGGCUCCCACAAUCUCCACAAACACACCUCUGUGGAGACCAUGGAGAUUGUACAAUCACUGCUUACUGCUGCCCAGCAGUGUCCCGCCCACCACGGUCACAUGGUCCUGCUUCGGAUCCCCUCUUUGGCUCUGGCUGCAUGGGCCCACCGACGGCUGUCCAGAGUUAGGAGGCAGCUGGGUCUGGAGGAGAGUUUUGAAAUCAUACUAGGGAAUCCAAACCAAGCUCUGAACAUUGGGCAAAGCUUCACUGACCAGAUCAAGACAUGGCUGAAGAUCCAGGAUGCUGCCUGGGUUCCUCGGACAUACCUGGAACUCGAGGCCCUUCCCUGCAUCCUGAUCCUGUCAGGAGCUGAGCCACUGGGAGAAUCACUGCCCAGGUCACUGAAGUACUGUGAUCUUAGAGUGAUAAACUGCUCCUACCUUCAGCGCACUACUCUCGAACAGGAGCUAGGACUGGCUGCUUAUCUAGUGAGGGCAGAGUCACGACCCCCACACAACCCUGGACCGGGAAGUGACCUGCUGGAGAGUGACGCAGAGAAACUGAGCAGUACUGACAAUGAGGAUGAGGAGGGACAGGAGAACGGGGACUCCCCUCUGUCAUCCAGCCAGCAGCUCCAGUCAUGCCCAGACAGUGGAGCUUUAGAUCCCUUCCCUACCCAAAGCACCACCUCUCCAAAUGUCCAGAAAGGGACUACAGACACCAUACAAUCUCCCUCACAAUCCCAGACUCAAGUUCAACCCCAGCCCCCGUCUCAGUCUUUUCAGUAUCCUCAACCUCAGCCGCUUCCCUCUGCCCAGUCUCGUCGCCAACACUCCAAAUCAACUUCCUCUGGCUCGUUGUCCCCACAAGCCUCCUCUCCUCACCUGAGCUGCUCCUGGGCGCGAGGAGUGAGUCGCCCGCCUUCUGUGCUCCUACCUCGUGCCUUGUACGAUAUUAUCACAGCCAAUGACAGCAGCGGACUUCCACGGUGUACUUCAUUCCUGCCGCACAUGUCUGUCGCAUGGGCAAGCAGCUUCAGGCCGUUGCUGAGUAAGAUGAUGACAUGUACAGAACAGUCACUGUACUAUCGCCAGUGGACGGUCCCCCGCUCCUAUCACAUGGACAGCAGCAAUUGCACCGAAGGACGAAGUGACAACUUUCACCCUCGUAGGCUGCUGCUCAGUGGACCCCCACAGGUGGGUAAGACAGAAGCGUACCUGCACUUCCUGGGUAUUCUGUCUCGGAUGCUGAUCAGGCUGAUGGAGGUGGAUAUCUAUGAUGAAGAAGACAUCAACUACAGUGCCCAUGUGGAGGGGGUGCAGUACCACCCACCCAGUGCUUCCUGGCCAAACCCAGACAUUAUGAAGACGAUGCCCUUUGACUACACCAUCCAUGACCCCAAAUAUGAUGACAUCAGCUCUGUUUAUAGCCCUGGAUAUAAACCCAGUGCUGAGGGAAACCCUGUGCGCCAGGAGGACGUGUACCUACGUAGGCGAACAUCUCGGAUCAAGUUGUCUAAAUAUGCGGCCUACAACACCUACCACCACUGUGAACAGUGUCAUCAGUACUUGGGCUUCAACCCCAGAUACCAGAUGUAUGAGUCAACACUGCAUGCUUUCACAUUCACCCAUCUGUUGCUUGGGGAAGAGAUCCAGCUCUAUUUCAUCAUCCCAAAGUCUAAAGAGCAUUACUUUAGCUUCAGCCAACCAGGAGGCCAGCUAGAGAGCAUGCGGCUUCCUCUCACCUCUGACUGGAGCCCAGACUGCAUCAAGAGUCCAAUCUUUACCCCAACCACCGGCCGUCAUGAGCAUGGUCUGUUUAACCUAUACCACGCUAUGGAUGGAGCCUCACAUCUACAUAUCCUGGUGGUCAAAGAGUACGAGAUGGCUGUGUAUAAGAAGUACUGGCCCAACCACAUCAUGCUGGUACUGCCCACUGUCUUCAAUGGAGCUGGAAUAGGUGCUGCUCACUUCCUGAUUAAAGAGCUUUCGUAUCACAACUUGGAGCUGGAACGCAGUCGGCGAUUGGAGGGUGGGGGCCCAGCAGGUGACGUCUGGCCCUUCAUCAUCCUGGCUGAUGACUCCUGUGUUAUGUGGAACACAGUGGACCUGGACGCACGCAAUGGUCCGGUGGAGCAUGCUGUGUCACUGAAGCAGGUCUUACAGCAUAUGGAGGCCUGUCCAGAACUGGCCCACUACGGACUGUGCGGGAUCAGGAAGUGGAGCAGCCGUGCACUCACAGGUAAUAAACAGAAGGAACCCUUCUCCAAAGGUCACCUUCAUGACUUCCUCCUCCUCAAUGUGGACCGGAGUCAGAAUGUCCAGUACGACCAGAACCGCUUCACCUGUCACGAUGUGGACCUAACCCUGAGGCUACAUAGUGCCGGACUGCUCGUCUGCCGGUUUAACAGCUUCAGCGUCAUGAAGAAGCAGAUUGCCAUAGGAGGAUACAGGACAUUUAUUAUCAAGACCAAGAUGACAGAUGUUCCCACCUCAGUGGGGCCCUCGCAGUACGUCUGUGCCCCAGACAGCAAGCAUCUUUUCUUGGCUACACCAGCUCAGCUCCUCCUAGAAAAAUACCUCCAACACACCAGCCAGAAGCUGUUUCCACUCAGCACAAAGAACUACACACAUCCUGUACUGUCUGUGGACUGUUAUCUCAACCUGGGACCUGAGGUGACGGUGUGUUUUGUGAGUUCCAGGCCUCACUCUUUCAACAUCAGCACCGCCGGGUUGCUGUUCAGUGGCCUUCUCCUCUGUUUUGCCGACUCCUUUGUGACUCCUGGGUUCCUCAAGAAGUUCUCUUUCCUCAAAGGUGCGACUCUGUGUGUCAUCAGUGCAGAUCGUAGCUCCUUGAGGCAGACGGUGGGCAGGCUGGAGCUCGAGGAGGAAUGGAGGUUCAGGCUCAGCGACGAAUUCCAGACUGCCAACGCCAAGGAGGACCGACCACUCUUCUUUCUGACUGGAAAACACAUAUAGUUGAAACACAGGUAUACAGUGGGCUACAAAGUUACAGUCAGAUUUGAAUUCACUGUAAGUGCCAAAGAGAGGAAAUGUACCAUAGUGUUUUUUAUGACAUGACAGUACGUAACAUAGACUCUGAAUGGACAGUGCAAGUUAUGCAAAAGACAGUAGACUGCAUGUUAGAUGCAUAUUACCCAUACCCGGUGGAAUGGGUAUUGAAUAUGAAACAUUGAUCAUUACAUCACUGCACACACACUCACAAAUAGGAUUUGGAGGGGAGCUCCAGUUCUAGCCUGCCAACAUCAAGACGGACACAUUCAUCUGGUAAAGGUCAUGAUCUUUGAAAAUAUUUAAUGUGUUCUGGCCAAGGAAACAAGAGGAAAAUAAUUUUGAGAAAUGUAUUUUUUGUGUGGCCUUUAUUGAGUCGUGGUUAUCCCGUGAGAUAGCGAAAUAUUGUUCAGGAAACACCAGUUUGUUUACAUUGUUUACAUUUUUCUGAUCCACUAGAACUGACUUUUUCCUAAAACAUACCAAUUUAAGAGUAUCACAGUGAUAAAAAACACCUCUUGAUAAAUACAGUAUCUUCAUGUACAGUAUAUUUGGAGGUGAAAGAUGAAAUUUAAUGGAUUAUUUUCUCACUACACUAAAACUGCUGGUGCUGCUUUUGUAUCUCUUCAUGUAUAUUUGCAGGUUUAGCUGUGUUCAAGUUUUUAUUGCAAUAUCACAGUCUUCUGCACACUUGCUUGCAGGUGCACACAAUAUGAGAAGCUUUUUAAAAAGGGUAAACACAAUAACUUGUGUGCAAUGGUAGCCGAUGUUUGGCAACAAACAUUUUUAUUGGGACAUUUUAAAAGUAGAGGUUUGUUUUUCCAUAUGAAAUAUUUUGAAUAUAUUUUGUCAGAUUUGCAGUAUGUAAAAAAAAAGUACUUAUUAACUGUGUGUACAAGUACUCUGUUUGUAUGUAGAACAUUUGUUAUGCUUUAUGCUCCAUAGACUGCAUGAGGAUUUUAUUUGUAACUGCUGAAGAAACACAAAUCCACCAAGUGUUAGCAGCAUUUUAUAAUGUACACUUUGGUAUGCCUUCAAUUGUAUAAAUGUACAGAUAUUUUA